AUGAUCUUCAAAAGUAAUCACAAACUGGGAGGAAACGACGAACAAUCCAUUCGUAGUGAAAAAAAUGUUGCAUCUUACUCCAACGAUGAAGAGUUGAAAAGCGUUGUUUCCAGACAUACGGCAGAGUAUGACUUGUACGUGGCAAAAUCAGAUCCAUUGGCAAUAAAUCAAGAGGAAGGGCACAAGUUGAGACAAGCUUUGGAUUCAAGACAUGUCAGUAUGAUUGCUCUUGGUGGAGCAUUAGGGACUGGUUUAUUAAUUGGUACUGGUAGUGCAUUGAAAACUGCUGGCCCUGGUGCCAUUUUGGUGGCGUACGGUGCCAUUGGGUUCUUGGUGUAUAUAGUGAUGACAGCAUUGGGAGAAAUCGCAUGCUGGGUGCCUUUGAACGGGUUUGCCAAUUAUGGAAAAAGAUACUGUGAUGAAGCUCUUGGUUUCGCUUGUGGAUACACGUAUUUGAUAAAGUACUUGAUUUUGCCUGCCAAUCAGCUAACUGCCGGUGCUUUGACGAUCCAGUAUUGGAUUGAUCGUGAUAAAGUUAAUCCUGGUGUAUGGAUCACUAUCAUCCUUGUUGUCAUCAUGGCCAUCAACCUCCUUGGAGUUAGGUUCUUUGGUGAAAUUGAAUUUUGGUUGAGUUCUUUGAAAGUUGUGACGUGUUUGGGGUUGAUUAUACUUUUAUGGGUGAUUGCAUUGGGAGGUGGUCCAACCCAUGAUAGAAUUGGUUUCAGAUUCUGGAAUGAUCCUGGUGCUUUCAUUCACUAUGCUGACUCUUCAAAAAACCUUUAUAUUGGUGGCUCGACGGGAAGAUUUGUGUCCUUUGUGGCAGUCUUGGUCACAGCAGUGUUUGCUUAUUUGGGAACUGAAUUGGUUGCCAUUACUUUCAGUGAGACAAGAAACCCAAGAAGAGCAAUUCCAAAAGCAGUCAAGUUGACUUUGUAUCGUAUCCUUGUGUUUUACGUCUUGUCGAUUUUGUUUGUUGGAAUGUGUGUCUCAGCUAAAGAUCCGUUAUUGUUGAGUGCUUCCGGUACCAACGCUGGUGCUUCGCCUUUUGUCAUUGCCAUCAAAAAUGCAAGAAUCGGUGGAUUGGACCACGUCAUUAACGCAGCUAUUUUGUUGUUUGUCAUAUCUGCUGCAAACUCAGACGUCUACGUUUGCAGUAGAGCAUUGUAUUCAUUGGCUGCUGAUGGGUACGCCCCAAAAAUCUUCACCAAGACGAAUAGAUUGGGUGUGCCAUACUACGGUCUUCUUGUAUCCUUCUUGUUUUGUUUGCUUGCUUACAUGAAUGUGUCUUCAGGGUCAGCUGAAGUUUUCGGUUACUUUGUCAAUGUCGUUUCGUUGACUGGUUUGAUUGCUUGGUCUUGUAUUCUUUUGUUCCACAUUGGGUUCAUGAGAGCAUUGAAAGCACAAGGUUUUGACCGGAAAAAGGAUACAGUGUACCGCUCCCCUUUGCAACCUUAUGCCAGCUACUUCUGCUUGGGCUUUUGCGUGAUUGUUAUUUUAAUUAAAAACUUUACAGUUUUCCUUGGAGAUUCAUUCACUUACAAAAACUUCAUUACUGGCUACAUCAUCCUUCCUGUGUUUUUCAUCUUCUAUUUUGGAUACAAGUUCUGGAAAAAGACAAAAUGGUUAUCGCCAACUGAAGUUGACUUGGACACCUUUAGAGACGUCAUUGACUCCGAAUUUCAGCAAUAUGAAGCUCAAGAUGCUGAGAGAAAGGCAGUAAGAGAAGCUGAAGGAAAGAAGUAUGACAAGGAAUGGUUUUAUGAGAAAUUCUUGGGAUGGAUCUUUUAG